UUGACGGAGAGAUGUCGCGUUUUAAGAGCUCGUGCUUGGUCACGUACUCGCAAAUAUACGAGAAACGUUCUUAGAUGCAACAAAGGUAAAUGGACACGAGCAUAGAUGGAGACGUUAGGAUUGAUAAAUCUCUGCACAUUUUUCCUGCACUUGGCGGUUUUUCUCAGGUUUGCUGUGAGUGAUGUUGGCUGCACCAGCUCAUCAGAUAGACUUUGGACUCACAGCUAUGAGAAGAAGUGGUCUAAUAUCUCCGCUCUGCCAUCUAUGAGCAUAACAUCCCUUCGUAAUAAAAGAUUCACACAACUCUCCUUUUCCAAGUCUGUAUAUUCAUUUGAAGUAAGAGAAGACACGCCCCCUGGGACGAUUGUAGGUCAAGUGAAGGCAUUAUAUGGCAAAGAAUACGAAACACCAAUAUACUCCGUUCUAGAAGAUGAUGGCGAUGGUCUUUUCCUUCUCGACCCACAUUCCGGGGAAUUCCUCUUAUCCCGUGCUCUUGAUUUUGAGAUGGAGCGAUACUACAUCCUGACCGUCGCUGCACAGCAGGGGGACGGACAGCUCAAAAGGGUCCGGGUGUAUUUCAACGUGAUUGACGUCAAUGACAACCCACCUGUUUUUAGCCAGAAUGUGUUUUCCGACUCUGUGCUAGAGGACUCACCUGUUGGCACAUGCUUCCUGACGCUGAAUGUUUCAGAUGCCGAUGAGGGUUUAUAUGGAGAAGUGGAUUUGCUUGUGGUAUCAGGAGAUCUUGAAAGCAGAUUCUCUUUAGACCAGCAGGGGGCGCUGUGUCUAAGAGGGGUUUUAGAUAGAGAAACAGUGGCAACCUAUAGCCUAAUUAUUCACGCCAGUGAUCGUGCUUUACCACCAGACACUCCUCACACAACCUCAGCACAUGUGACCAUCCACAUUCUGGACGUCAAUGACAACCCUCCCCUCAUCACGACACCCGAUGCUGUUAUUUUUCCAGAAGACGCCCCGCUUCAUUCUGUUGUUUCGGUCAUACAAGCCACGGAUGCUGAUUUAGGAUCUAAUGCUGAAAUAGUUUUCAGUUUAGAGAAUCAAGCAGUGGAGACGUUCAGUAUAAACAGCUCGACUGGAGUUAUGUACCUGCAGAAGCUUUUGGAUCGGGAGGUUGAGGAUGCGAUCACAGUCUUGUUAAAAGUCAAAGAUAAAGGUGUACCUCAGAUGUUUAGUUUGUUUAACCUCACGGUGUUAAUCGAGGAUGUUAAUGACCACAAUCCAGAGUUUAUCCAAAGCUUUUACAACAUCACGAUACAUGAGGAUGUUCCUCGUGGAACAAGCCUGCUUAAGGUUCACGCACGUGAUCGAGACGAUGGUUUGAAUGGAGAGGUGCGGUUUCACAUCUCAGAGACUGGGUUUGUGAUGGACUCCGUUCUGGGUGUGCUAUCAGUGAUAGAUGAGGUGGAUCGUGAGAAGAAGGCUUUCUACAGUUUUACAGUCACAGCAGUAGACCAGGGGCAUGUUCAAAGAUCUGCAUCGGCAACCAUCAACAUCACAGUUAUAGAUGUUAAUGACUGCAUGCCUGUUUUUCCCUCGGAAUUGCUAAUUUUACAUGUGUUUGAGAAUGGGGUAGAUUCUUCUCAGCAUGUCCAUCAGUUAUAUGCAGUUGAUGAUGAUCUGGAGGCGAACGGUCUGCUGACAUACUCAGUAGAAUCAGGAAAUGAAGAAGGUCUUUUUUCACUUUCUCCCAACGGGACUUUUCAAAUCGUAGAAAAUCUUGACCGGGAAUUGAAAAGCCAGUAUAUGAUCAAAGUGAUUGCAGUUGAUUCAGGUUUCCCAUCACUGACAGGCACGGGGACCCUGGUUAUUGUUGUUGAUGAUGUCAAUGACAAUAUUCCAAUCUUUGAUGAGGACACGUUUGAUUCUCGUGUAUCAGAGGAUUCUCCUGUUGAAACUGUGUUUGGGAGAGCUACAGCCUCAGAUAAAGAUGAUAGUUCCAAUGGACAACUAAAAUAUUCUUUAGAUGGAGAAGACAUUCCUUUUUCUAUCAAUGACACAUCUGGAGAGUUGUUCACCAUUCGUGCCCUGAACAGAGAGACGGUGGCUUUCUACAGGUUCUUUGUGGUCGUCACUGAUAGACAUUCAACACAGAUGCUCUCCAGCUCAGCUACUGUUUCAGUAACUGUUGAGGAUGUAAAUGAUCACUCCCCAUCAUUUCUAUAUGGACCAUAUGUGGCCAAUGUUCCUUCUGGAAUUGCCAAAGGGUCGGUCGUCUGCACGGUGAUGGCUGAAGAUGCCGAUGCCGGAUUGAAUGGAAAACUGAAUUUUUCUCUACACGGCCUACACGCCCAUCACUUUUCUAUUAACUUUCUCACGGGAACGGUGUUCAUUACAGAUUCUGUAAAAAGAGGAAAUGACAUCACAGUUGAUGUUCAUGUGCAAGAUGGAGCAGAUGUUCCAAAAAUCGACACAACAACCCUCACUGUCAGAUUUCAGAAUAACUCAGACUUUCCUCAUAUCGCAGUUCAAGUAUACAAGGACUUUCUCUCAGAGGAUGAACCAACUGGGACUCUGGUGGCUAUCGUGACUGCAGAAACUUUGAGGAACAUACCUGUGUCCUUUUAUCUGUCCUCUGGAAACAUUGGUGAUGUAUUUGAGCUUCACCACUACACCGGUGAACUGACUGUGAGGGACCCUUUGGAUUUUGAGACCAAUGUGUAUUUUCAUCUGAUAGUUGAAGCCAGAGACUCUGGGAUGCCACCUUAUUCAUCCUAUGCUGAAAUAAAUUUAAACAUCAGUGAUGUGAAUGAUAACCCACCUGUCUUUUCACAAAAGAUCUACCGAUGUGAAGUUCAUGAGAACUUGGCAGCACACCAGGUGUGUGACAUGUCAGCAACCGAUGCUGACUCUGGAGCGUUCGGAGAGGUGAAGUACUUUCUUUUGGCUGGUAACUUUGAGGGCACAUUUAAAAUAGACUUAAAUCACGGGACUCUCACCACAACAAAGCGUUUGGAUAGAGAGAAGAUAUCACAUUAUAGUCUCACAGUCAAAGCUGUUGAUAAAGACAAAAACAGUUUAUCUGCCACUGCGACGAUUGUUGUCACAGUUCUCGACGUGAAUGAUCACGCGCCUCGAUUCUCACAGAUUUUUAUCACGGAAGUUUCUGAGGAUGCUCCCGUUGGCUUUUCGAUCAUCCGGGUAACGGCAACAGACGAUGAUGUUGGUGUAAAUGCUGUUAUUGAGUAUACGAUCCUUGGCCAAAAUAACAACUUUCCCUUCAGUAUUGAUAAAGCUAGUGGUGUUGUAGUGGUGAGUGAGCCUUUGGACAGAGAAGAUCAAGAUCAUUAUAUUGUAAAAGUGAAUGCCAAUGAUUUAGCUUGGAGUGUUAGUACAGACGUCACCAUUUAUAUUAUGGACAUCAACGACAACACACCGUUCUUUAUUCAACCUCUAUACUCUAUAACUGUUCCUGAGAUGAACCUGCCUGAAAUGUUCCUUCUACAAGUUAAUGCUACCGACCGCGAUCUUGGUCCAAAUGCUCAGAUUUUGUACUUCAUUGACCCAGCAAAUGAGCGUUUUUUUGUGAAUGCUUACACUGGGGAUGUUUCGACCAAACAACUCAUUUCUCUUCAUGAUUCUGUCUCAUUAAACUGUAGUUUCACGGUUGUAGCUUCUGAUUGUGGUAGUGUUUCAUUAAACAGCUCUACCGUUCUCUCUGUGACGUUAGUACGAUACAAUUAUUUCCCACCUUCAUUUUUACCCAUCAGGCCAUUGGUCCCCAUUCUGUGGAACCUGGAGGUGGGAACUGAGGUGAUUCAGUUAUCCGCAGUAGAUCAAGACUCUCUUGAAAUGAAUGACACUGUUGAGUACUUCAAUAGUGGUGGGAAUGGAUCUGUUUAUUUUCAGGUACAGCAUGAAAGCGGGAGAGUUCUGGUGAAUCAGACUUUAAUAAAUAACCUGGACACCAUCCUAACUCUUCAAGUCACUGCUAAAGAUAAAGGCUACCCUCCUCUUUCCACCCAGACUGAAGUCAGUUUCACAGUCACAGGAAAGAAUCUCUUCUCGCCGUAUUUCCCUGACAGUAAAUUCACAUUUUUUGUUCCUGAAGAUUUGCCCACGGGUUCAAUCAUCGGAAAGAUUCAAGCCAAAGAUAAAGAUGCUGGCAUCAAUGGUCUCAUUUCCUACUAUUUUAACAGCGGGAAUGAAAAUGGACUGUUUUCCAUUGAACGCUCUUCAGGGUUGAUCAUGCUGGUCAAAGCCCUUGACUUUGAGAAAUCAGAAACCCAUAAUCUAAAUGUCAUUGCCAAGGAUGGAGGCUGGCAUCCUAAAAUGGGUCAACUCAACAUCACAGUAUAUGUUACGGAUUUAAAUGAUAACCCUCCUGUUUUUGCAUCUGCAGAAUACAUUGUCUCUGUUUUAGAGAAUGCUGUAGUUGGAAGUCUGGUUGUGUGGGUUUGGGCCACUGAUGCAGAUUCUGGAAUACAUGGAGAAACCACAUAUUCGCUCAUUGCAGGAGACAUGAGUUUCUUUUACUUAGACACAAAAAAUGGCACUAUAACCACUUCUGAGGUUUUUGACUUUGAGCAACAUCAGAAUUUUGGAGUUACAGUCAAGGCUACCAACCUAGGCUAUCCAUAUUUGUAUGAUAUAGCGCACGUUCGCAUAGAGGUCACCGGCAUCAAUGAAUUCAUCCCUGCUUUUCAAAAUCAUAUCUACAACUUCUCUGUGUCUGAGGCGUUGCCCGUACGGACGGAAAUAGGUAGAGUAGUUACCGUAGACUACGACUUGGGGCCUGAUGGGGAUGUGUUUUAUGUACUUGCAGGUCAAAGUAAAAAAGCCGGCUUUGGGGUUGUUGAGCAUACGGGUAUGAUAUACGUCUCCAGAGACUUGAAAAACCGAGGUCAAAAUUAUGACGUCCUCCAUGUGUUGGCAAAAAACCGAGGCAGUAUUACUGGAUUUAAUAUUGAUGAAGCUUUGAUACAUCUACAAAUAUUAGAUGAAAACGACCCACCUGAGUUUGAUUCAAUGGUCUACGUGGUAGCAGUGCCAGAAGACGUCUCCGUUGGGACCUCCAUCACCAAAGUCAAAGCGGUGGACCGUGAUGUGGUACCAGAAUGGAGCAGGUUCUCGUACAGCAUAGAACAUGGGAAUAUAAAUGGUUCUUUCGGUAUAGAUCCUGUUAAUGGGGUCAUCUCAGUUCACAAUCACUUGGAUAGGGAAUUGUGGCCUUUCUAUAACCUCUCAGUUGUUGCUAUUGAUGAAGGCUCGCCUGCUGUAACAGGAACCACCAAAGUAAGCAUUACCAUCAAUGACGUCAAUGAUAACCCACCCAAACUCUCCAUCACAGAGGGCUUUAUUAGGGAAAACCAACCUCCUGGAACUAAGGUGACUACUUUAACAGCAACUGACGAAGAUCUUCCUCCAAAUCAAGGUCUGUUCACCUACUGGCUGAUGAGACCUGAAAACAGUUUUUCUCUCACAUCCGAUGGGGUUCUAUUUUCAUCAAGGCCUCUUGAUCGGGAACGCAACCCUUCCUUUCAUUUGCACAUCGUCGUUCAAGAUGCUGGUAAACCGUCGUUGUCAUCCACCACUGUGUUUCACAUUAAAGUCCUGGAUGAGAAUGACAAUGCACCAUCGCAGAGGAACAUCAAUAUUUUAGUGAAGUAUUACGGAAGCUCCUUCCCCGGAGGUCUUAUCGGAAACGUACGACCGAACGAUGAGGAUGUACUGGAUGUGUUCAACUGCACUAUUAGAAACGGGCCACUCCGCAUGUUUAGUUUCCCAUUCGGAAUGUGUAAUUUAUGGUCCUUGCCAUAUCAAGGGGAGGCGACAUAUAAUAUAUCAGUCGAGGCGAGCGAUCAGCUCCACCCUUCUGUCAACAACAGCAUCUAUGUCAAUUACAAAGGCUUCACUAACGUCUCUUUAGACAACUGUGUGUUGUUCUACAUUUCUAUAUCUACACUUGAGGAAUUCCUGUCUUUGAAGUAUUUAAAAUUUGUUAAAGCACUGGAUAGCUUGUUUAAUCUACAAGCGUCCAAAACGCAUGUGUUUGGGAUAAAGUCACAAGGAGAUAAAAUGCUGCUUCUGGCUGCCGUAAAAAGUUACAACGGACUGUACGUAACCGCAGAUGUGGCAAGUGGAAUAUCAAACAUACAUAAAAAGUUACUGGAAGGACAAAGCAAUGUUACUAUAUCCCAGAUAACCAGCGACCCAUGUACACUUUUUCCUUGCCAAAAUGGCGCCACAUGCAAUAGAAACAUUCACAUCAGCCAAGACGUUGCUGUCUUGGAAAGUUCUAGUCUCAUAUUCGUAUCUCCAUAUUUUGAGAUCUUCAACUGUUCCUGCCAAACGGGUUUCACGGGAGAGGCAUGUGAGCUGGACUUGGAUGAAUGUGAGAAGAAACCUUGUGAAAAUAGAGGAACCUGUUAUAACAAUCCAGGGACGUAUUUUUGCCAGUGCAAAGAUGGAUUCUCAGGGCCGCACUGUACUACUGUCGACAAUGAGUGUCAAACUGUGACGUGUCUAAAUGGUGGAACGUGUUGGAACAAACAUGGAGGGUUCAUCUGUGACUGCAGUCCAGGGUAUGAAGGACGGUUUUGUGAUCAUAUUGUGGACCACUGUGCUUCCUCUCCUUGUGUUCAUGGUUACUGCUCCAGUUUUUUAACUGGGUAUUCUUGUCAGUGUCCAUUUGGUGUGAGCGGAGUCAAUUGUGAAGAACACAGUUAUGGCUUUCAAGAGCUUUCUUAUAUCGAAAUUCCUCCAUUAGAUCCCCAUUAUAACUUAAUCUCGUUGGAAUUUGCAACCCUUCAGCAAAACUCUUUACUUUUGUACAACCACGGUGACCCAUCAACCUCAGAGUUCUUGGCACUUGAAACUGUAGAUGGGAGACUGUGGUUCUCUUAUGAUCUUGGAUCUGGGGUGGUAAGAUUGGUCACAGGGAAAUCAGUGGCUGAUGGAAGUUUUCACAACAUCACUGUUAAAAGAACUGGAAACAUAGCUUCUGUAGAAAUAGACAUCUGCUCUACCAGUGAACCGCAAGGCUUUUGCUUCUCACAAAAUGAUGGGCAAAAAGCAACUCAAAGGACCUUGGAAGUGACCACUAAUCUGACUUUUGGUGGAAUAAAGUCCAUUGAUGUCAUUUUGCAGAGGCAAAUCAGGACUCAUGACUUCGUUGGAUGUAUGAGAAACAUACAAGUGAACAAAAUUGGUUCAGAUGCCUUCAAGUCUCUGACAUCCCACAAUGUACUUGAUCGAUGUCCACGAUCAGAUGUUCCUCCAUGUCAGACUGCAAAGUGUUUGAAUGCAGGAGUGUGUGAAGACCGAUGGUUUCAUCAUCAGUGCCAGUGUAGAGAUCAUUUCACAGGACCUAACUGUGCCAUGAAUUUGGCUGAGCAGCAUGUAUUAUUUCUCAACGGGGAAUCACACAUUGAAUUUGCUGUCAAAGAAAGCUACAGGAGAAACCAGCUCCUGCAAGCAGUUCUAGAUGGGAAGGAUGGAGACUCUCAGGGGUUUGACAGCAUUGAGGUCAAGAUGAGGACCGUGAGAAAAAAUGGUUUCUUGGUUGUGUGCUGGGGUCCAACAGCACAUCUAAAUCUUAAAAUUUUAGAUGGAAAGCCUCGGUGUGCGUUCACAAACAUCACAUCCGGUCAGCAGCUGGAGGUGUCUGUAGAUGGGGAUGUGUCAGAUGGACAGUGGCAUGUUCUUCAGCUGCGCAGAAGGGGGACGUAUGUAACUCUGUUGAUGGAUGAUCGACCUGAGGUGAACAACACCAACAUCACUGUAACUCACUCUGCACUCUUAGUAGAGACCAUAUUUCUAGGAACAGCUUCGUUAACAGAAACCAGAGAUCAGAACUUAGUUUUCAGCGGCUGUGUGGAGUACAUUAAAUUCAAUGGCCAUGUCCUGCCUUUUAAGAGCUUUAGUGAGAUAGCCGAGGCCAAAUCCAACCCAUUUGACCUCCAAAACGUAUGCAUUUCUCCAGACAACUGUGUUCUCAUUUCAUGCCUUCAACAUUCCUGUCCCUCAGUGCCAUGCUUAAGUAAUAAAGACUGUGGAUCUCCUUCUAAAGAUGACUUCUGGUGCAUUUGUUUACGCAACAUGUCUGGUUCUUCAUGUGCAACCUGCUCAUCUGAUACAAUGGCGAGCCAAGCCUGUUCUCAAUCCCAAAAGAGCACCCCCUUAUGGAUUGUUGCAGUUGUUCUUCCCAUUGCUCUUGUUCUGCUGGUCCUUGUUCUGUGCAUUGUAAUCAAAAGUCAAGGCAAACUCUGCAAUGGCCAAAAGGCAAGUCACGCCUACCUCAUGCCACCGGCCAAACAGCAUGGCACAGAUAACCUGGCAUUUAAUGCAGUUGAUGAAAUUCCUCAGAACAUCUGGAAUGAUAGCUGCCAGCAGCCGGAUUUGAUAAAGCCGAAGGACACGACACGUGGAUUGAAAAGUUACAGCAAAGGUGGGCCGCCUUGUCCCAUUUCAAGCUUUGGAGGAAGUGAACUGGAGUAUUAUGAGAUUGAUAGCACUUAUACAGUCUGUAGCGCAGAUGUUAAUACACAAACAAAUGACAAACCAGGUAUCGAUCCUGAGAGACUGAAUGGAAAUCCACAAAUCCCUCCAUGCAGCACAAAUCAGGUGCUUCCUUCACCUAAACUUCAGAGAGAUUUUCACAACUGGGAACGUCAAUCUCAUAUCUUCUUUAAGCGAAAACUGCCUCCUGAUGUGAACGGGCCUCCACAACAUCUCUCAAAAGAUGAGGUUGAGAAACUGAAUGUGACGUGGGAACGUAAGGGAGAUUUUCUAGUAAAGCCUUGCAGGGCUGUCUGGUCAGGAGGCGGUAUAGAGACUUCAUCUGAGAGCGAAAGUCACUGCUCAUUUACAGGCUCUGAAUGUGAUUAUUGUGAGAGAGAACUUUCCCUCAUCAGCUCACAGGACCACAAAGAUGAACAUCCAUCUGCAGAUUUGUCCAGAGGACAGUCUAUCCUGAUGGCCCCUUCUCUCAUCAGAGAUCAUUCCAUGGUCACACCUGCAUGUGUCCAGAGUCUCCACAGCUCCUUUGCCUCCAGUGGUGUUCAGCAGUUAGAGGGUCUUUUAAAUCUAGGAGUCAAUUUCAGCACCUAUGCAGAUGUGUUUGAGGACAUAGCCCGCUUAUCAACCAAUCAUCCGAAUGCAUGUGAUUUUCAGAGUGAUCAGGAGGAAAUCAUUUAAAGUUUCUUUAUGCUGGGUAUUUGUUUGACAUGUGUACAUGACAAUGCAUAUUCUUGCAUACACCGGGGCUAACACAUUGAACAUUUUACAUUUAACAGAUGCUUUUAUCCACAGCAAUAGUUCAUUACGGUAAAAAUAUUCUGGCAGAAAUAAACUAUAAACUAACAGUACUUUACGUUUCUCUGGUCAAUUUUAUGUUUUUUUACCUAUUUUAAUAAUUACUUGAAAAAAUCUGUAACAAACCAAUACGAUUCCGUCAAAUUACAGGUUUUUUUACAUUAUAUGUGGAAAAUCUGUAAAAAAAUAACAGAAAAAUGUUUGUUUUUUACAGUGUAACCAAAAAUAAUUUUAAUUUCACAAAUGCUAAAAUCAUUUAAAGAGUUCAUAUGCAAAAUCCUCUAAACGCCACCUCUGUCAAAAAAGAGAUUAUGAUGUUGAGUGAAUGCUCUCCACACAGUAUACGUUCCUCAAAUAAUUUUGCUUCAAAACACUAAAUAUCACACUCUGCCCGGUCUGAAAUAUCUGGUAUUGCUUAAAGUAAAUGUUGGAGCCUUUUAAAAAAAUGCUUGUUUAAAUAAAAAGUCUUCUGACAGAUUUAAAGGGUUUUGCAUCGAACUCUUCUUAAUCUGCUGUGAAAAUUGUCAGUUACUUGCACAUCAUUCUGUAACAUUUGGUACCG